AUGAACUCGUACAGCGGGUGGCGUGCGGUCCACGGAUUGAAGUCGCGCGGCGGCGAGCGCGGGGAGUGGGGCGGGCACUGCGCCGCGGCCGGCGCGAGGCACGCGCGAGCCGCGCUCAGCUCGGCCGGCGCGCGGCCCGGCGACCACACCGCGCGCUCGCCGCGCUCCCAGCCCAGCCCGCCGCUCAGGUUCAGCGACGACAUCGACGUCAUCAACGACUCCAUGCCGUUCGACAUGCGGUUGGACCACCUGUUACAGAUAGCGAUACUUACAUAUUUAUUCAUUCAUCAUCAUAUACAUCCUAUCAAAAUACCAUUUCUAAACAAAGGCCUACUCACUCGCUGUGCGCGGCGGCGCUGCGCUGUGUCUCGAGGGUCAUGCGCAGGCGCCGCGCCUGAGACCAAGGCUCCAGCGUGCAGCAGGCACUACUCACUCGCUGUGCGCGGCGGCGCUGCGCUGUGUCUCGUGGGUCAUGCGCAGGCGCCGCGCCUGAGACCAGGGCUCCAGCGUGCAGCAGGCAGUCAGUACGUGCCCGCGGGCGCUACUCACUCGCUGUGCGCGGCGGCGCUGCGCUGUGCCUCUUGGAUCAUGCGCAGGCGCCGCGCCUACGACCAGGCCUCUAGCGUGCAGCAGGCAGUCAGUGCGUGCUGGCGGGCGCUACUCACUCGCUGUGCGCGGCGGCGCUGCGCUGCGCCUCUUGGAUCAUGCGCAGGCGCCGCGCCUGCGACCAGGGCUCCAGCGUGCAGCAGGCAGUCAGUGCGUGCUCGCGGGCGCUACUCACUCGCUGUGCGCGGCAGCGCUGCGCUGCGCCUCUUGGAUCAUGCGCAGGCGCCGCGCCUGCGACCAGGGCUCCAGCGUGCAGGACGGUGCGGCGGGCGGCGGCGAGCCCGCGCCGUCAUCCGGAGCACGCGUCAGCUCCACGCCACGCUCGGGACUCCAGCGACCAAUCUAAUACAGAAUUUACGCUUAUCAUUUUUUUUGUAG